AUGAAAACUCUUAGACCAAUCUCAAUAUUUAUUGUACUUCACAUUAUCUUUUCUCUUUCUUCUUGGGUUAUAGUUUCUAUUCCCUAUAGAGUUCUCAAAAUGUGUAUUAAGUUGUUCUUGUUCAUGAUAUAUGUUUUCACAAUUGGUGUUUUAUCCAAUAAUAGUCCAAAUUCACCUCCAUCAUUCAUGAAACCUCUUGAUCAAAAACUAUUGUUUCCUUAUACUACUAUUUUCAGUAAAGCCAUUAAUAAUAGAUCAAUAAUUGAAUGUAUGAAAUUAUCAGAAUCAACUUCAUUUAAAAUAAAGAAUUGUACCAUUAAGGGAGAAUCUCAAUACACCAGCAAUGGUACUGGUAGUAGGAGUAUUAAAGAUAAAUCAUGUUUAUGUUAUUAUAUUAAAUUGAUACAACAAGAAUGUGAAGAAUUGAAUUCUGAUCAAUCUUGGCAAUUACAAUUAUUACAAUACCCUGAAUGUUUUUCUACAGGAUAA